CGGAAUGUCUGGUGCUCUGAACGCAUCGUCAUCAAUAGAUCCGGAUUUUCUUGGCACAGAUGGAAUGGAGUUUCUUUGGUUCUGCAGAGAUGUUGAUGAUCAUGAAUUUCUGCCGUCAAACUUUACCUUUGAACCAUUGUUAGCAUUCCCCGAGGUACCUGACCCGGAGACAGCACCUGUCCCAACCAUGGACAACACCACCCAGCUAAUUGGUUGUUUCGGAACUGGGCGUGGUCGAUUGAACUCCACUGAUCUCACUCUUCAACUGAAUACCAUUACAAUGACUGAAGACAAAGCGUAUACGAUCUCCCUCUUGGUCAGAAAGACCCAUCCUGAAUUUGGUCUCAGACAGCAUUUGAUAAACGUUUUCUUCUACGUGGCGAGAGGAUUACCACCUUCCCUUACAAUGCGUUGCAACAAGAACUGCAAAUCGAAAGUCGUUCAUGACCAGAAGAUCAUUCUGAAAUCCUCGUGCGACGAACGUUGCUAUGGGGCGCUGAAAUUCGGUUGGCAAUUGUUCUUAUACGAUGACAUUCAUACCCCAGAGCCUUACAACUUGACGGAAUUAAACGAGAUUACAAAUGACGAAUUUCAGCAAAUGGCUGUUAAUCCUAUCGACGAGCUGGAUAUAGGAAUCAAACCAAAUUCUCUUCACCCCGGAAAGAAGUACAUCUUGAGUUUCAGGGCGACGCGUGCCAGUGGUGUAUUCGGCGAAAUGAGGCAUACAAUGCUACUAAAUACUCCUCCUAAGAACGGAAACUGUUCCAUUUUUCCAUUUUCUGGUUUGGCCGCGCAGACAAACUUUACGAUCUCUUGUGAAAACUGGAUUGAUCAGGAUGCGCCUCUUUCCUACGAGUUCUUUUACGAAACAGGAGGGAUCAAAGUCGUACUAUUCUAUCGUACGAUUAGUCCUGGACGGAGUAUAAGUGAAACAGAUUGGCUUGGGAUAGGAGACGAGAGAGAUGAAUACAGACUGAAUGUUACUGUGGUUGUUAAAGACUUCUUUGGCUCAAAAUCAAGACAUAUCAUGACGGUUCAGGUACUUCCUCCACCAGUAACAAGCCUGGACAUGGACAGAAUUCUGGGCUUGGUGUCGGGAGAAAACAGCUUACUUCAACACUAUUUCGGAUCAAAAAGAAGCCCGAAAGCCUUGAGCUUGUGUUCAACAGUUGGGUUAAUAUUAAAUCACAUCGCUCAGAAAAAUACAACUAAUAACAGCUCUGAAAUAUCAUCGGCACAUGUGAAGGAAACAGUUCUUAAAAGCAUUUCAUCCGCUAAUAUGUCUAUAAAGGACACCUCCGCAAUGAAGCAAGUCUCCUCUACGAUUUUCACUUUAACGGAAGAACCAGACGAACUUACACCCGAUAGUCAGGACACUGCACUUGAUAUAUGCAAGUCUUUAACUGGGAAUUUGAAGGAACUGUCAAACAAGGAUAAUGGGUUUGAAGAAAUUGUGACAUCACUCGGGUUUGUUCUUGGAUCUCUCGGACAAAUAAAUAAUGGUUCAACAAAGGAAACUGAACUAUCUCCAAAUCAAGUUAAACGUACAACGGACAUUGUUGGCAAUCUUCAAAACAUCGUUGUCGAUAAUUUGGUCACUAGCGAGGGUCCCCUGAGCGUUGAAACAGAAACAUUUUCAAUUCAAGCUGAGUUGGUUCAAGUGAAGGACUUUGGUCAAAAGAAGAACACCUUGAAAAAUUGCGACUUUCAUCCUCCAUCGGCUAAUGCACUUGGCAUGAAAGAAAUAAUCGAUAAUCCGAACAACACUUUUCUUCAAAUGCAACCUAUUAAUAUAAAGCUCGCAGUUUUCAACAAAAAUCCCUUCAACUGGGACAACACGAGUGAAACAAUCACUUCUGAUGUAGUCGACAUAGUAAUUGACUCCAAGAUGAAUAUUUCGUCGUCCAACUUCAGCGAAGAAGCUGGUAUAACGGUGGCUCGCAAUACAAGUCAAUUCCCAAAACCUAACGGCUUUUACAUGAAACCAAGUCAGACAAACUCGACAGCAAGUACAAAAGAAUACUUGAAGUACCAUUGCUUCAACCGAAGCAGUAAUUAUACAUCGAUGAAUUUUGAAAUUCAUCCUGACGAAAUUGGAAUACAUCUAAAGGUAUAUUUAAAGAGUGGAGGAAAACCUGAUAUAAAGUCGGGAGAUUUUGAUUUGUUCUACCACCUUCCUGAUCUCAAAAGCUGUUCCGUCCCAGAAGGAACUAUUAUGAAUUCAGAAAUAUCACACAAUCACAACUCCGGUCAAGCCAUCCAUGUUCACUUGAAAAAUUGUUCAAGAGACCCUUAUACAGUGUUUGUAUCAAAUCAAGACUUAAAUGACACAGGAAAGCAUUGCUUUGCUGUUCAACAUAUUCAAUAUCUCAACGAAUCGAGUGACGAAGAGUUAGACGCGGGGUCCGCCUCUCGAAAGAGACGUUCUGUUUCGUGCGAGGUUGGAGCAAGACGUGUUCGCCGUUCCUGUGUCAUCGUUCCUCCCGCGCCCCCGAAGCCGACUCACAAGCCAGCGAUCAAGAUCCUGGUGGCGGACAAUCUGGGCUUCGAUGGAAAGUUCUUUUUCCCCAACCAAACUCCAAACUACAAUUCGACGAUGUUUGAAUCGAGUUGUAUGCACUGGGACGUUGAGAAUGAAACAUGGACCGGCGAUGGUUGCAGGGUGGCCCCAGGAACGAACAAGGAGACCAUCGUGUGCUAUUGUGAUCAUCUGACGUCGUUUGGCAGUGAUCUACUUGUGGCACCAAACCCGAUCGAUUUCGAUUCGGUUUUCCAAAAUUUUGGCAGUCUUGCCGAGAACGUUGCUGUGCUGGCUUUGAUAUCGACAAUCCUUGGUUUUUACAUCAUCGGAGUUAUUUGGGCGAGAAGAGCCGAUAAAAAAGAUUUGUUGAUGCUUGGUCCUACGAUUCUAUCAAACCCCAAGGGCAACUACCACUACCUCAUCAGUACAUACACUGGCAGUAGGAAAAGUGCUGGAACAACUGCUCGAGUUGUCUUCAAAAUGACUGGUGACGAGGGUGAGACUCAACCAGUAAGACUAAAGGAUCGGCACAGACCCUGCUUUCAACGAGGACAAGAAAACGCGUUCAUCGUUUCCUACCCGAAGGGAGUCGGUGAUCUUACCUAUCUUCAAAUAUGGCACGAUAACUCAGGUUCUUCACCAGCCUGGUACCUCAGCCGGAUUUUAGUCAAAGAUCUUCAGACUGGCGAAACCUGGCCUCUGUUUUGCGAAAACUGGCUGGCUGUUGAAUCGGAAGAUGGGAAAGUGUGUCGACUUCUUUCCGUUGCCAACGAACAAGAAAUGGUCAGUUUCGGUCAUUUGUUCUCGAAACGCGCAAUCACAGGCCUCGCAGAUGGCCAUAUAUGGUUCUCCAUUGUCUCCAGGCCUCCGACCAGUAACUUCACCCGCGUCCAACGUCUCUCGUGCGCUCUUUGCCUGCUGUGUUGCACGAUGAUUACGAGCGCAAUGUUCUAUAACAUGGGAGGCCAGGGCCCCAGUCCUUUCGCGGUUAACAUUGGCUCUUUGGUCAUCGAUCUGAAACCGUUUGUGAUUGGUCUACAGAGCAGCGUCAUCAUCAUCCCGGUAAAUGUGUUGCUUGUGCAAAUUUUCCGCAAUUUAAGGCCCAAGGACGAAGGACAUGGGAAGGAACAUAAGAAUGACAAACCGAAUGACGGUGAAGAAAAUUCGAAUACCUCAAAAGGCAAACUGCCUCACUGGUUUAUUUUCAUAGCUUAUGCUAUUUGUUAUCUCGCGUCUGGUGCGUCAAUAUUCUUCACCUUGCUGUACAGCAUUCAAUGGGGAAAGGAGACCUCCACAGAGUGGGUGAUUGCAAUGGUAACCUCGUUCUUACAGUCAGCCUUGCUUCUACAACCAGUUAAAGUUGUGCUCAUGGCGGUCAUCUUUGCUUUGGUCAUUCGAAAGCCUGAUAACACCGAAAAUGAAUCAAAUAACGUUGAAUUAGUAGACAUCCCUGCGAAAGACAAGACGGAUGAAGAAAUACCCGCGUCAGUGAAGAAGAAAGCGAAAUACUACAAUCCUCCAGAUGCUGAGACUCUGAAAGUUGCGAGGUUGAAACGUCUGAAAGAAAUCAAAACGAACGCAGCUGUAUGGGAAAUAAUGGCAUUUUUCUUUUUCCUGAUAUUGCUAAUGGACGUAGCCAACUACCACAGGGAUACAAAUUCGUUCUUAAUGACAAAAACCUUAUAUGAGACUUUCGACGAGGUCGAUGCGUUUAGCAUUGACUUAUCCGCGGUGUCCGAUACUGAUACACUAUGGAUGUGGGCUCGUGAGACUUUAAUACCUGGCCUGUACGCAAAUGAAUGGUACAAUGGGAAGAAAAUCAAAGAAGGUUGGAUCGCUAAUUUGGAAGACUAUCUCGUUGGCGUUCCGCGAGUGCGAUUGCUUCGCGUGGAGAAAGAUUCGUGUCCCAUUUCAAGCUACUUUGAAGGGAAAAUCUCCCAUUGCUACGACGGUUAUUCCGUAUCGAUUGAAGAAGACGGCACGUAUAACGUCGGCUGGGAGUCGCUGGAUAGCGACACUCCGAGAAAGCGCCGAGAUGUCAGCGAAGAUGUCAGCGAAGACGUCAGCAUCCCUUGGACUGAAAUCGAGUGGACAGCCAUUGUGUCCAACGGGAGCAAUUCAUCAAGCGACGAAUCAAAAACUCGUAGCAAACGAGCACUGGAUCCAAUCAUGGGAGGAAGUAGCGGGCGAAAACGACGGAAAAAGAAACGCUUGUUGUCAAGCACCAAUCCGAAAGUUUACACAAUCAAUGAUAAUGCUAUAUUACCGAGUGGGAAGAUUCUUUCCUGUCUCGAGAGAUGGCGACAUCGUACGAUGUUAGAGCUACGGGGUUUUCCGAACUGGGGUGCGAUCUCUUGGUACAGCGGCGGAGGCUAUGCAACAAACCUUGGAUAUGACCAAGUUACGGCAUACACGGUCAUAUCCGACCUACAUUCGAACGGCUGGGUCGACGUUCAAUCACGUGCUGUGCUCGUGGAGUUCACGGUGUACAAUGCGAACACUAAUCUGUUUGGUAUAAUCACAAUAUUCGUGGAAUUUUUACCAUCGUCAGGAGCGAUAACCAAAACUGAUUUCCAAGCAUCCAGGUUUUAUCUUCAGCUCAGUGGUGGCCAAACGCUAGCCCACGUGCUUGUCAUAUUCUUCAUGUUGUACUUCCUUUUCAGAGAGAGCAAACUCGUGUAUAAACAACGCUUAGCCUACUUCAAAGGUUUCUGGAAUUGGAUUGAGACCAUUCUUGUCAUUUCACAGUUUUUGCUCAUCAUUCUGUUCCUCGCUCGCCUUUACGAAGUUGACAGAAAUCUCCUGCAGCUGAGGGAAAAUCCAAAAGAUUACGUUGGCUUCCAGUAUGCCGGACAAGCAGACGCUUUCAUGACUUUCGUUUUGGGUGUUCUUGUCUUUUUCUACACCAUCCGUUUCCUACGCAUUCUCCGGUUCAAUAAAAACUUCCUUGUUAUUGGUAGAACAUUGUCACGGAUCAGUUCACCAAUCUUAAGUUUCUGCGUUCCAUUUAUAUUUGGUUUUUUCGCAUUUGCCAUGUUUGCUUUCACGAUUUUUAGCUCGGAACUUGAAGACUACAGUUCGUUUAUUAGGACCAUGGUGACUCAACUAGCAAUGACUCUGGGAGACUUUGAUUUCGAGGCUUUGUUUAUGGUGAAUCCAAUGUUAGCGACGCUCUAUUUCUUUUCUUUCAUUGGUUUGAACGUGAUGGUGCUCAUGAACAUGUUCAUAGCCAUUAUCAACGACUCCUAUGCAGAAAUACAAGAAGAGACGGCUGAGAUUGAGAACGAAAUAGAAAUCGUGGAUUAUGUUGUGGACAGGUUAACCAGUGGUGUUUACUCGAAGAUAAAACGUGGAAAGGUUGCUCCUUUAAAAGAUAAAUCGCGAAAGAACACUAAAAAGAAGGUUAAAAAACCGCCAAAGAGAUUAUUCCUGGAUGAUAAUAGUGUGGACUUGGAUUCCCGCGUGACAAGGCUGGACAAUAUCUUGAACAGUAUGGAUAGUAGUUUACGAGAUGAAGAAGUUAUAGGCGAACAGUUUUUAGCAGUUCCUUGCGAAAAUCAAGAUGUUUUCUUCCGAGUGCUGUGCUUGAUUGAGGAAAAUAAUACAUACUAUGAUUCUGAUGAUGAUGAUGAUUCUGAUGAAGAUAUGGAUGACUGGAGUGACUUCAGUGAUGAUUCCCUGCAUUAACUAAUUUUUACAGAGAAAGAACAUCGUUCACUGCACGUUGAGUUGAAGCAAGAUUGAUAAUUGUUAUGUCAUGUCUAAUAUUCUCACUGGUACCAGGGUUCGUCACCUAAGCGUAGCGACAUGCGUUAAAUUUGACGAGAUUUUAAGUUCG